UGAUGUCAGAGAAGAGGAGUUUCCACACACAAUGUCAGCUCCCAGUCUCCAUCUAACCAGCAGUGUGGAGGAAUAACACAGGAGAACAUCACCAGCUGGAGAGGAGACAGACCAUCUCUUCUCAGAGGACCCUGCUGAACACCACUGCUGCUGAGUGAUAGCUGUCACGCAAAGGUCGGCAAUAGGAAGCAUCAUGGAGAAUAACCUGGAAAACAAUAUGGAUCCGAGGUCGGAACAGGAUGAGAUGCAGAGAUGUGCGGACCAGAUCACAGAUGAGUCCCUGGAGAGCACUCGCCGUAUGCUGCAACUGGUGGAGGAGAGCAAAGAUGCCGGGAUCAGGACUCUGGUCAUGCUGGACGAACAAGGAGAGCAAUUGGAGAGGAUUGAAGAGGGAAUGGAUCAGAUCAAUAAGGACAUGAAAGAAGCAGAAAAAAAUCUGUCGGAUCUGGGCAAAUGCUGUGGUCUUUGUUCCUGCCCCUGCAAUAAGUUAAAGAACUUCGAGGCUGGAGGAGCCUAUAAGAAGGUGUGGGGAAAUAACCAGGAUGGUGUGGUGGCCAGCCAGCCAGCUCGAGUGAUGGACGACCGGGAGCAGAUGGCCAUGAGCGGUGGAUAUAUCCGGAGGGUCACAGAUGACGCUCGGGAGAACGAGAUGGAGGAAAACCUGGAUCAGGUGGGCAGCAUCAUCGGCAACCUCCGACAUAUGGCACUUGACAUGAGCAACGAGAUCGGCUCCCAGAACGCCCAGAUUGACAGGAUUGUGGUCAAGGGUGAUAUGAACAAAGCACGCAUUGAUGAAGCCAACAAGCACGCCACCAAGAUGCUGUGAGGUGCUCUGAAAUGAGAAUCCUCCUUUCUGCCAGAGACACCCACCCCAACAUCCAUUGCAGCAUCUACAAGGUCCAGGAGGGGCAAGUCCCUGUGCAGUAAAAGGAAACCACAAGGUUCAAUAUCUCUGUACAUUUUACUUUAUUUCAUAAUUUCUCCGUGUAGCCAAAUGUUCCAGUGUGUAAGGUGUAUAUUUUAGUGUCAAUAUGUGUAAUUGCUUGCCCAGAGUGAACCAAGUGUACGAUUUAGUUUUUAUCUCUGUGCUGACUGGUUCUUUUUAUGAAUGAAUUAUUCUCUGUAACCACAUGAUAACAUGAGCAUGAAUCGAGCUCAAUGUGUGCAGCUGAAUUCUGAUAAACGUACAGCAAAUCCCUUUCCCUUGUUUAAAAUGUCAUCCCAGCGCAGUAAGGGAGGGGACCCCUCAGAUUGGGGCUGAUACAGAAAUCCCAGAGUCUGAAGGUUUGACAAAAGAGCACAGUUUGUAGUGGGGACAGUUCGCAGUGCUGCUUGCCAGAGCUGGGAGCACGUGAUUGGAGACCUCCCAGUUUAUUUCUGCCUCUCAGUAGCUGCGAUUUUGCUCGUUAUUAUUUCUUCGAUGUUUAUGGCCCAACAUUAGUGACUUGUUCAUCCUGUGAGGCCAAACUCAGGAUUCCCGUUUAAUGUGAGGGAAUGGGAAUUGGAGCUGGGAUCAGAUGAGUGUUGAUCAGAACUGAGCUGCACUUGUUCACUUGAAGACAGCCUUCGCCUGUACCCCGCAGAAAGACAUGAGAUUGAAAUUAGAAAACAUUCGCAUGUCAGUUUGCUCAUCCCUCCUCUUGGCGGAGAAGAGCUUGGAAUACUGAUGCCACUAACAACUCAAAACUAAACAAAAUUAAGCUCAGAAUUUUGGGUACAAACCUUUAUUUCAGAAACAGUGUUAACUUGAUGCAUUACACUAUUUCCCCUCUUCCCCUUCCGGCUUUGUAUCUGAGGGUAAAUGUCUUGGUUCGACACCAGAAGCUUUUGCUUUCAUUUCAAGCAAAAAUUAAAAGUGACCAGUUGAAAUUACUAGCCCUGGGUUAAUGUAAUUUCUCAUUAAACCCCAGAUCUGCCAAUUUCAAAUUACAAACAAAAUAUCCAGCUUGAAGCAUUUCAGAGGAAGUAUGCUACUCCUUUUAAUCUUUUAUCCCCAGAAACAAUGUCAUUUAUAUGUUAUAUCUCUUAAUUUCAUUUCAAAGACUGCUGAAUCCUGAGACUCAGCACUCCCUGUUGCUAAUCUGGUUGGAACCAAGCAGCAUGAAGGAGAACAUUUUUUGCCCAUUGUGCCUACAUUGGCUCUUGGAAGCAGACCCCACUGCCCUUUCCCUGUACCCCUGCACAUAUCCCAAGUAAUUAUCCAAUUCCCUCCAAAAAAAAUUACGGUUGAAUCUAAUUCCACCAUGCUUCCAGGCAGCAUAUUUUAGACCAUAAGGAUUCUCUGUAUAAAAUAAAAAAUUCUCCUCAUCUGGUCCACUGAGUCCUUUUCCCAUUGAUCUUAAAUCAAGCAACCUCCAUUCCUCUCAUUAGUUGAAACAAUUUCUCUUUAGUUCCCUUUCACAAGUUGCUGCUGAGUCUGCACCCAGUGACCACUCAGUGAUGCUGAGUGCUGAAUUGGGGAGUGCAUGACGUAGAAUCACCAUAUAUGUGAGCAGAUUGAUGGAGACACAAGAGACUGCAGAUGCUGGAAUCUGGAGCAACAGAUAAUCUGCUGGAGGAACUCAGCGGGUCGAGCAGCAUCUGUGGGGAGAGAGGAAUUGUCAACGAAACCUGCAGGGUUUCGACCUGAAACAUCAACAAUUCCUUUCCCCCCACAGAUGCUGCUCGACCUGCUGAGUUCCUCCAGCAGUUUGUUUAUUGUAGCAGAUUGAUGGGAUGUUUUAUCACUGAGUCAGCUCCACAGUAACCUAAUUCCCACAUUCUUGCUAUACAUCCUUAUUAUUCUUCUCCUCAUUCAGUUCCCUUCUGCGUUAAUGAACCCUCAUCAUCAGCUUCACAGUUCAAAAUUGCUUUGUUUUUUUUGGUCCAUGAAGCCAACGAAAGAGUAAAUAAAGCAUCGGAUAAUCUGUGUUCGGUGCACCCCCCUCCACACCACCCCCAGAUGGGCAGUGGAGGGAGAAAUGGCGAUAAUAGGAGUGGUUCCAGAAUUGGUUGUAGGUUCUUUAAGUAACAACUCAAUCAAAAUGGUGGCCAGGGAGUUGGAACCAAGAUGGCUUCCCACUCUUCCACAGACCAGAUAGAAAUAAUUCAAAGUCUGUAAAAAUAUUUAGCGGCCCUAAUGAUAACAUCAUAAAUAAAAUGUACAACUGAGGAGAAUUUUAUUUUACCCAGAGGGAAGAGAGUGUGGAGCUUGGUGUAGUUGGAGUGAAUGACAUGGUAUAUCAAAGGAAAAGCACGAUACAAGGCAGAUUGGGUAUAAUGAGCAGGAGGUGGCUCAUAAGGACAUUAAUACUAGCCUGAGCCAAGCCUAAAUGUUCUAUUUCUAUGCUGUAAACUAGCAAGACAAUACGGCCCCUUUCCAAUCAAUGUGUUUGAAAUCUGUUUAUUUAGUCUCAGAUGCAACAAAUAUUCUAAUAGUGGCAAAAGGCUGUAAAAAACCUGGGGGCUGAGGAGCCUGGAUCAACGGCUGCUGUCGGCUUCUAUACGGAGUAGCUCUUCUCUGUUUCUUUAGUACGGUCUUUUUAUUCAGUGAUGGGGGAGUGCUGUCUCCUUACGUGCUUGUUGAGUUGUGGGUUCACUGUUACUGUGGUCACCUGAUGGUUUCUGCAGUGACAGACGUCUUCCCUGCAAACUCAUCACGGUCUGACCCCUGAGCCCCAGCCCACUCACACAACUUGCUGGUCUGGUCCAACAUCUGCAUGCGACCAGUGUGAAGGUAUAAAUGGCUUUACUUGAUCCCCCCCACCCACUACCUCCCCCUCCCCCUGUACUGCCGUCAGUGACAUUGUGGUGAGCAGACGGCUUGUUGCCACUCCCACCCCAGCUUGGAGAUCUGCUCUUCCUCUGCCAACUAAGACCGUGCGUUUGUAGACGGUGCAUGUCAGUGUCCGUAACUGUUGCACCCUUCUGCUGCUCGCAAACCCAGAGCCUCACCACCUCCUUCACCGCCUGUCUUCACUCAGUCGUGACCUGUAACCAUGCCGAGUUACACUGGGUCCUUAAAGCUAGCCUAAACUUAGAGGGAGUUUGCUCUUCGAAUCCCACCUUAUAAAGAUUCUUUCUCCAUUUUUUGUUGAUAGUUGAUUAUCUUUUCCUCGCCUGUUGUUUUACUCACUGGCUCACUCGGUUGUGCCGUGAACCCCCGGGUUAACAGUGUGAUUUGUGGACUCUAAUUAUAAUCCCAUCCAGCAGAUAAAGGGUUAAUUCGCAGCUGGAAAUUGGCGUCCACACCCGCAUGCCAAGAUGCACUUUGUGAACAAAGAUAGCUGCCUCCAUGAGCCACUGGUAAAUGAACCCUGAUUCGGUUUCUGUUCCUGGCAACACCAGAAAAGUAGAGGCAAACACUGGUUUCUGCUUGAAGCAGUUAGAAUCUCUCCCAGCCAGCAUGAAGACCCCCAAGCAACUCCAAGACACUUCAUAACACCGUGUAUUUACGUUGAAACACAAAAGUAUUUACAAAAAUACCUAGCACAUUGCCGUAUAUUUAAAAGUUAAAUUAUUACUUUUACAGAUAUGCCCUUUUAUUUUUUUAUUGUAUGUGUGUGUGUAUAUAUACAGGUCUCUCCUGAUGACACUUUUUUAACAGACAGUUGUUUAAUCAAAUGAAUUGCUUUAAUGAAUUCCAAGCUCAGACCUGCUUCAGCACACAGGUAAACUGGGAUUUAUUAGUUAAUAGAAGCUUAAAAAUCUGUAGGAAAUGUCCACUAUUGCCAAUGUCCAUGAGAGCAGGAUAGGGAGGCACCAGGAUCUUUAGAGAGUUCUGCUUGCCUGAAAGCACCUUACACGUAUCUGCUCCACAUUAUACUUGCUGAAGUGGCUUCACAAUCUUCAGCAGGGCUUAGUAUAGACAAUGGCUACAAAACUGAAUAGAGUAGAACUCUGUGGCAGUACUCCCUGGGGUGAGUGGAUGAAUACCAUUCUGUUAUAGAUUCUGUGAGUGAACAUCUCACUGUGAUUGGCCCAAGGAAGUUGUUUGACUGUGAUAGUCCUAAGUGAAUGCUACUCUGUAAUGAUCCCUGUGAGUGGGUACCAGUCUCUAAUGGACGGUGUGGGUGAGUAUCACUCUCUAAUGGCCCAUGCGGGUGUAUUAGUCUGUAGUGGUCAGUGUGAAUGUCUACCUUUGUUGAGGUCAGUGUGGGUGUGUAUGACUCUAAUGGUCCAUGUGGAUGAGUACCACUCUCUGUUGGACAGCGUGGCUGUGCACAACUCUAGUAGUCAAUGUGGAUGUGCCAAACUGUAGUGGUCAGUAUGAAUGACCACCUCUGUAGUGGUCAGUGUGAGUGAGUACCACUGUCUAGUGGUUGUUGUUGGUGUGUACGACUCUGUAAUGGUCAGUGUGGAUGGACCAGUCUGUAGUGGUCAUUGUGAAUGACUACCUCUGUAAUGAUCAGUGUGGGUGAGGGCUAUUCUCUAAUGGUUGUUGUGGGUAUGUAUGACUCUGUAAUGGUAAGUUUCAGUGUGAAUGAAUGCUUCUAUUUGCUGGUCUGACUGAGUGAGCAUCUUUGGAUGAGUACCUCAUUAACAUCUAUGAUGGAUCGACAGGUGUUCGUGAAUCUCUCGCUCUCUGAUGGACUCUGAGUUUGCAACAGAGUAAGAUCCACUAUGUAGCUAACAUUGUGAUUGUAAGAAACUCUGUCAACAAGAGCAACAUGGAGAUGCAUUCUGCAGCUGAGUGUGACUGUUUAGGGUAGACUGGUGUGAGCGAAUCUCCAUUCUUGUGACUGUUGUCCAGGUAAAGAAGGAAACUGAGAAAGAGCAUCUAGUGAAGGAAUUUAUCUAAAUUUCCCUUUCUAACGUUGAAGCUGGGUAUACAGAGCAAUUCCUUGUAAAAACUUACCUGGUCAAGAAGUAAAUGAAUCCUGUGAACCUCUGCAAACUAUAGCUUACUGCAGACUAAAUUAACCCCUUACACAAUACUUCCAGUGCAGGCAAUGUGACAACUGCUGCCUAUUAACUAAUGUAGUUGGAGUAUCCAGUCAGUAUUACCAGUCCAGGGCCUACACCUCUCAGUAUUGGGCUCAGCACCUCUUAAAGCCAGUCUUCAGCUCUCAGAGGGGAGAUGCACUGUGGAUACCCAGGUGACAGAACUCACUGAACUACACACGUGUCCCUGUUCCAUUAGAUUUAGGUAGGAGAGUUGUUCUAUCACCAAGUUGGAUAUGGCCUUCACUGAGAGACCUCCUCACCUUCCUCAUCCCUCCCGUAUUCUAGUAGUUUGUCCUGCUCUGUGUGCCCUCUCAGGAUGACCUCUGGAGAAAGAUGCUCAAGCACUCCCGUCUGGCAGCAGCUGGUUUGUGCAGAAGUCUCAAAGACAGGAGAAGGUUCUUCUGUACAAUACCACCCCACUGCCUGUGGGCUUUGGCAACUUUAAGGAGCUCAAGGAAGUGUGCAGGUGAGUGUGUUUCAGUGAAUAGUGUGCAGGUGAGUGUGUUUCAGUGAAUAGUGUGCGGGUGAGCGUGUUUCAGUGAACAGCGUGUGGGUGAUCGUGUUUCAGUGAAUAGUGUGCGGGUGAGCGUGUUUCGGUGAACAGUGUGCGGGUGAGCGUGUUUCAGUGAACAGUGUGCGGGUGAGUGUGUUUCAGUGAAUAGUGUGCAGGUGAGUGUGUUUAAGGAAGUAGGGUGUAGGUGAAUGGUGUUUUAGUGAGAUCUUUGCUGGAAAGCACUGUGCAGGUGACCUCUUGACAUUAAUGUAUUUAAGCAUGUGGUUAGGACUUGUGGUAACAGGCAGAGUAUAUACUUGCCCCAGCUGAUGUGCGAGAUAUUUAGACGUUUCCAGGUGUGUGUCAAGUGAUCCCCUUAUCAUUUACUGAGCUCAGCCAUGAAGCUCUCUGUGUUGUCCACUUCAGCAUUAAGGUAAUGCAGGCUUUGAGGAGCUCCUUAGAGAAUUUGUCCCACAAAUUAUUGCUAUUGGCGAGGAAAUCAGAGACAAACAGUUUUAUUCGAGUCUUUGUUGAGUAUUUCAGAUGAAAACUCUUGCCAUUCCUAAUACUUACUCCCAACACUUUCAUUCCCCCUUAGAAUUUGCAUUUCAACUUUUUCCUAUUCUCACAGGUUGAUAAAGUGCUUUCCUUCCUUUAGACCCUGUCUGAGAGUCACUGUCAGUGGAUCUAUGAUCUGCUUUGUUUGCUGCAUGUUAGUGUUUAACAUGUAACUUCUGUUCAAUGCACAGAAAUUAUAAAUGUGUGACCAAUGGCUAUAUCACUAUUGUAUUCACCCAAGUCCAAUGUACAACCUAAACUAUCAGUUCUGGCAAUGCACUGCUAUGAAACAGAAAAAAAGGAAAUGCAUUAAAAUUUCUAGAACAAC